CUGCGCUCCCUCAGUGUAACCCUCCGCCUGCCGUCGAUGCGCCGAGGCUGGAGUAGCCACCAUUUUGCAUGUCUAGUGUGUUCCUCCCUCCAUUGCUAACAGAGGCGAAUCCGGUCGUUUUCUGCCACCACUACGGCUCAGAAUGCCAGCUCCGAUUAGACUUCGGGAGCUAAUCCGGACCAUCCGGACAGCACGGACCCAGGCCGAGGAGCGUGAGAUGAUCCAGAAAGAGUGUGCUGCUAUCCGCUCGUCCUUUAGAGAGGAAGACAACACAUACCGUUGCAGAAAUGUGGCCAAGCUACUUUAUAUGCACAUGUUGGGCUACCCAGCACACUUUGGGCAGCUGGAGUGCCUGAAGCUGAUCGCAUCCCAGAAGUUCACUGACAAACGGAUAGGUUAUUUGGGAGCUAUGCUGCUGUUGGAUGAGAGGCAGGACGUCCACCUACUAAUGACAAAUUGCAUUAAGAAUGACUUAAAUCACAGCACACAGUAUGUACAAGGUCUAGCCUUGUGCACAUUGGGCUGCAUGGGUUCCUCAGAAAUGUGUCGUGACCUGGCAGGGGAGGUAGAGAAGCUGCUCAAAACAUCUAACUCCUACUUGAGGAAAAAAGCAGCGUUGUGUGCAGUUCAUGUCAUCAGGAAGGUUCCAGAACUCAUGGAAAUGUUCCUUCCAGCCACAAAAAACCUGUUGAGCGAGAAGAAUCAUGGUGUUCUCCAUACAUCAGUUGUCCUCCUCACUGAAAUGUGUGAAAGAAGUCCUGACAUGCUGUCCCACUUCAGAAAGCUGGUUCCACAGUUGGUGAGAAUCCUGAAGAACCUAAUCAUGUCUGGAUAUUCUCCUGAGCAUGAUGUGUCAGGCAUAAGCGACCCUUUCCUGCAGGUGCGGAUAUUGAGACUACUGCGAAUUUUAGGCAAGAGUGAUGACGACUCCAGUGAAGCAAUGAAUGACAUUCUCGCACAGGUUGCAACAAACACUGAGACGAGUAAAAAUGUAGGCAACGCAAUCCUGUACGAGACCGUGCUGACCAUAAUGGAUAUCAAGUCUGAAAGCGGAUUGAGGGUCUUGGCCAUUAACAUACUAGGACGCUUCCUUCUUAACAAUGACAAAAAUAUAAGAUACGUUGCAUUGACCUCCCUACUAAAGACGGUACAGACGGACCACAAUGCAGUGCAGAGGCACCGGAGCACCAUCGUGGAUUGUUUAAAAGAUCUGGAUGUGUCCAUCAAGAGACGUGCAAUGGAGCUGAGCUUUGCCCUGGUGAAUGGCAACAACAUUCGAGGCAUGAUGAAAGAGCUGCUCUAUUUCCUGGACUCCUGUGACCCGGAAUUCAAAGCAGACUGUGCAUCAGGAGUCUUUCUAGCCGCCGAGAAGUAUGCCCCUUCGAAAAGAUGGCACAUAGACACCAUUAUGAGAGUCCUGACAACAGCAGGGAGCUAUGUGCGAGACGAUUCCGUUCCGAACCUCAUCCAGCUCAUCACCAACAGUGUGGAGAUGCAUGCCUACACAGUUCAGAGACUCUACAAGGCACUGCUGGAUGACAUCUCACAGCAACCUCUAGUGCAGGUGGCCUCCUGGUGCAUAGGAGAGUAUGGAGACCUGCUAGUAUCCGGACAAUGUGAAGAGGAGGAACCCAUCCAGGUCUCUGAAGAUGAAGUUCUGGACGUGCUAGAAGGACUCCUGGUGUCCAACAUGUCCACACCUGUGACCCGGGGUUACUCCCUCACUGCCAUCAUGAAGCUGUCGACUCGCUUCAGUGGUGUUAGCCGAAUCAAGAAGGUGGUUUCGAUAUAUGGCAGUAGCAUCGACGUGGAGCUCCAGCAGAGAGCUGUGGAGUACAACGCGCUUUUCAAGAAAUAUGACCACAUGAGGCCAGCUCUGCUCGAGCGAAUGCCCAUCAUGGAGAAAUCCGCAUCUAAUGGCCCCACAGAGAUUGCUCAGACAAAUGGGGAGACAGAGCCCUCUGGUGUGGAACCGAAGCAUCCACCUCCUGUCUCCCAGCCAACCAACCAGGCUAAUGAUUUAUUAGACUUGCUGGGUGGUAAUGAUGUGGUGCCGGUGAUCCAGACCACAAUCCCCACCAAGCCCGCCUCAGCUGGAGGAGAGCUGCUUGAUCUGCUUGGUGACCUCUCGCUAAGUGGUCCAGCCCCUGCCCCUCUGCCCUCCUCCCAACCUCCUUUCCUCUUGGAUGGCCUCUCCUCACAGCCCCUGUUUAAUGACAUUGCAGCUGCAGGUAUUCCUCCAAUGACGGCGUACAACAAGAACGGCCUGAAAAUAGACUUCACAUUUGAAAGAGCUAAUCCCAAUCCAAACGUCGCCGUCAUCACCAUUCAUGCUUCCAACUCAACAGAGGCAGAUAUGACAGAAUUUGUUUUUCAGGCUGCAGUACCAAAGACAUUCCAGCUGCAGCUCCUCUCCCCUAGCAGUAACAUCGUCCCAGCACUCAACCAGGGAUCUGUCACACAGGUCAUCAGAGUCCUCAACCCACAGAAGCAACAGCUACGAAUGAGGAUCAAGCUGACGUACACCCUCAAAGGCUCGCCCGUGCAAGACCUGGCUGAGGUUAAUAAUUUCCCCCCUCAGUCCUGGCAGUGAUGAGCUGCGCCGGUUGCUCUUAACAGCCCCACCAAGGGAACUAUGAAAACGAUUUUCUUUCACCUCCCUCCUUUCUUCCAAUGGAUCCCCCUGUGACGACAAUGCAGACCGCUGCCCUCGAGUUGCAUGGGAAGCAGCAGAGCAUCUUAACACAGGAGAAAAAUAGGGAUGUUACAAAGACCCUGUGGGCAUCACCAGAAUAAUUGGGGAAACAUAUCAAUCAAUGAACUUUAUCUUCUCUUUUUCCUAAUCGGUUUCCAUGAUCUCUUUGCUUAGUCCGUACUCUUUUCCACAAACACCCCCCCCCCCCCGUCCCUGCACCAUCACCACCCACAAAAGCACAUAUACAGUAUGUACACCAUUCACUGUGGUACACUUUACCACUCAAGUCACUGUUGAGAGAAAACGCGUUGCCUGUUACAAGCAAUGCAAUAACCUUGGAUUUACUUAAAUUUAUGAUUAAACUUCAAAUAAACACGUUGCUCCAUUAUUCAUGAUUGGCUUUGCAUUCAGGCUUUUUCUACGAACCUUCAGUCCCGUGAUGGCAGCGGAGAGACUCUUUGAAAGGUCUAUUGAGUUAAGUCCUUUACUCCAUAUCAUAAGUGAUAUAACUUGUCAGAGAGUUGUAUACAUUUUGAAUUACAUUAAUUUGCUUAAAGCAUGUUUGAGCAUUGUUAGGAUCACAAUCACACCUUGACUCGAGCUCGGAGGGUGUUCUCUGGUAGUAGAUCUCUUUACCCUAUGUUUCUAUAGGAAGUCGUCUACAUUUGUGUUGGCGCGAUGGACGCUACGAGCAUGAACAGAUCCGAGAUGCCCGGUUUGAUCACCCGCGGGACGUUUUAGGAGACGAUACUCAGUCCACACAGCUCUCUCUGAAAUCAUCUCAUCUGUAGCUUUAGUUCUAGAUGUGUAUAUUUAAUUCAACAGAUAAUUGCUUUGCAUAGUUUGAUGCUGUUCACUCGUCGGGAUGGAUUAAAUCCACGCCUGAAAUUUAUCUGAAGACAUGUUGAUUGCAUUUGUGUUGGGGAUCUCUGUUUAAACCUUUUACUGCAUCUCUGUCCUCACAGUCAAGUUUGCAAUUUCGACCCAUUCAGAUUAAUUGAACCUGAUUGAACUUGGUCACCAUGCACAUACAUGUAAAUGAAGCUUGUUAUGAAUGUAGUUACAUGCACUGAAUGCUUUUUUCUCCCCCUCUCUCCCUCAAGUCUUCUUUUUCAUGGCUGUCUCCUUUGAUGGGGACGCUCAUCUUAUCGGCACUAUUUUUGUGAAACUUAUAUUUCUGCAGUAAUUUGACUUAAUUAUUUAUGCCUGAUAUCGAAGUGAUGUGCCUUUCUGACUUAGCCAGAUAAAAGCCCCUAAACUCUUGAGCUCUGUAUGAGCUUUGUAAGUUUGCUCGUGUGCUGAUUGUGUUUUCAGUCUGAGAGAAAGGGUCCCUGAUUGAUUUGAAUAGAUGAAUCACUUCGUCACAGAAGUUUUACGUUCUCAAUUCUGUAUCUCAUUAGGAGUUAAUAAUAGUGAUUCGCUCACUGUGACAUACUCGGAUGUCCACGGUUCGGAUUUGACAGAAAGCUUAAAUUACAGCUUCACAAAUCUGAUCAUUCUCCCUUGUACUGUGUGGCAGAAUUACAAAUAAACAAAUUGGAUAUUAUUAAUAACGUGUCCUAAAAACAAGGAAAAUCUUCAAGACUACGGCAGCUACUAUAUGUAAACAUUUCAUAAGCUGACAUUGAGGUGUAGAGUCUUUUUGAAAAAUGUAUAAAAUAUUAGACUGAGGUGAGGCGUCAUCGUCGACAAACAUUGAAGUGAGUGUGGAUCACACAGUGAGGUACAGGUUGUUCUGUUGGGACUAGUUCUCAUCUUCUUUAAAUCCGAUUCUGAACACACGGUCGGCUACAGGAACCCUCUUGCCUCACGAUAUUCUCUUUCUGUUAACCGUCAGUGGCAGUAGAGUGACCGUUUUGUUGAGUCAUGAAUUGCAAUCAAGGGGAGCGUCUGCACCAGAGAGAGACUAGUGGUAGUUUGUACGUUAAGUAUUGAACAAGCUGAGCAGCCCCGUGAUGCUGUGUUGAGAUCCUCAGAUGUUCAUCAGGCUGUACUUAUUUUCACAAUGCUUCACGAUCUUCUAACUUCUUUGACCAAAUCAGAGAGACUAUUAGCUUUGGAAAUAUUUUUGAGCUAUGAUAUGUGUAUCUGGAGGAAAUUAUUUCAGUUAGGACUUUUUUUUCUGUUGACAAAUGGCUAUAUUGGCUUUUUUUCUGUAUAUAUUGAGGGCUUUUACAGUUUUGUCUCUUGUACUGUCUUUCAUCCUUUUUUUAGAUACCAUUUUCUAAAAAUUCCAAAAUAUCCACGAUGUAUAUUGUCUUAAUCGAUCCAGUCAACAUCAGUCUAUUGAGACUUCCCUGUAUCAUCAAUAACCCAUUGUAAAAGAUAUAUGAUCUGCUGCCUGUACAUUGUAUAUAGUUGUAAAACAAACAAAUCUGAUCGGAAUAAAUAAAACCCACAUGAAGAAUUAAGAGAUUAGCUAGGAAGUAUAAUUGUAUGCAUAUAUGUACAAAACAGAAUCUUAAAAAAGGAUGCAAUUGAGCUCGAUUUUGUUUGAUUUGCUAUUCUUCACUCUUCAUUCACGAUCAGAUGUGUCAUCUCGUCGGUAGGCUACUUGUCUGGGUUCCCUUGGAUGUUGAGAUGAGGGUUGAAUCCGUCUGAAUAAUGUACUGUACUACUGAGAAACCUAAGCACAGUGCUGCGCGGCGGCAGUAGUGGCACCUUACUUCUUCUGCUUCCCUGCCCCUCAAACUCCUCAUGUGUCCGUGCCCUCUGUUGGAGAGGAGCAGGCUUCUUGCCAGGAUCUAACUCUUCCCUCUGGCCUUGUGUGCGCUUUAGUGUCCUGCGCUCUCUCGACAAUUCACAUCACUUGAACUGUCUUCUACCCACAAAUUGAUCCGUGAAUCGAUGCCCCUCGUCGGUGACACGGCUCUUCUCGUUGAUUACAAGCUUGCCUUUUUGUCUGGCAUGUAGUAUCUUCCUCACAGCCUCGUGUCUCUACGCCACAUGCAGAUGUUUCUAUCCUCACUUGUGAUUUACUCUGGCCUGUGUGUUCGCAUUGGAAUUCAGUUUGAUCACGACAAGAGCCAAUUCUUGUGGCGCUUUUUGUGUCCUAGGUGGUUCCACAUAUGCAUGUUGGGAGGGGCAGUGUCCUUCCCUUGGUCGGAACAGUGCAGGGUUUUCUUUUUACUUCCUUUCUUUACUUUCAUCCCUCUAUCACCUGCAUGACACACCUCGCAGCUUCUCUGUUGCUAAAAUAAAUUGUGGGGCUGUAGCCCAUCAUAUCAGAUUAAUCUGAGCCCUCACUAUUUUAGCACAGUAUGUAGUAGGAAGGCAAUUAUUUUUCUCCUUUUUUGUUUUGUUUUGUUUUGUAUUGUGGAGUGCUGCUCAGAACAAACCUGGGACAUGCCUAUGCUACAAGCUAUAACCACAAGGGGGGGCUGUGCAAAACGGAAGGCCGAUAGGAUGGGAAAGGAAGUUUCAUUACAUCUAUUCCUGAAUGUUUGUUUUUGUUGGUGUUGUUUGUACUGUCUUAUUCAUCCAGUAUGUACCCCUGUUAAUCACAUCUGAUCUGAGUUCUUUCUAAUGAAACUGUAAUCCAUGCCGUUUUAAAUGUACAAAUGGAAAUGAACCCAACAUAAGUGCUUUGGACAGUGUAACUUAAAAGGAAGAAAAGAAACGGAAACAAAUACCCAUCAGCGGUGUGAUCAGCGUUUGAAGUUAUAUUACUGUGUGUGUGUGUGCGUGUGUGAGAGUGUGAGAGAAGAAGUGAUGCUUGAGAGGGGGUGUGUGACAUGUCUUUUAACUAGAUAGGACAUCAUUUUUUUGGGCUGCAAUUUCAACUUUCAGCUUUUCAGCUGCAUGUGAAAAACCAGUGUAAAUAAUGUCAUUUCUACUCUUGGCCUGAGAUUCUUUUUUGAAAUGCAAGACAAGUUCAAACGAUACAAAUUGGUCACACCACCUUCAUGGGUCAGGACUAACAUGUACAAUAGGAUGUUGUUCAGCUAGUGCUCACAAUACUGUUAAUGUUGAAAGUGCACAUCCAUCAUUUGGAUUAUUUGGAAAGCUGUUUUUUUUUUUAUUAUUAUUGGUUGGGGUUGAAUUCAGUGUGUAAAGGGCUUGGAAGAGCAUCUGAACUGCGGCUGUGUUCAGUUUCCCUGUUUAAACAAACAAUGCAAACAUUGUAUUUUGAAAAAAAAAAAAACGUUUGUUACCCCUCCCCCACCCAGUCCUGACUAUAAAACAAUAUGGUAUCUGAUUUGUCGGGGGGGGGGGGGGAAUGUUGGAGAUGUAAGGUUCACUUUUUUUUUUCCCAGUCGAGUUUGACAUGUUGAGCUGAACAGCAGUUCCAUGGAGUCAAGGUGAGUGUGAAUGUCAGACUGAAAGUAUGAAAAGAUGAUUAAAGAUGAGAAGUUGUAAACUAUUAAAUGGGAUAUUUUCAAUUUAUGCUGUGUAUUCUUGUCUUUGGGUUGGAGAAAAUGAUCAAGCGAAUAAAGUCAAAUAAAAAACUA